CUAGUCAUGUUUCCCGUCGUAUCGGGAGUUAUCGAAACGUUGGCUGGUACCAAUUUCUUCAAUUAAUUUGAUUGCCAUGUUACUCCAUUUUAACGAUGCGAUAACGCAAUUAGUGCAAAAUAGUAAAUAUCAGAGAUUUCUUGUUGUGUUAGGUGCUGGUGUUAACGGCAAGAAUGUUACAACAUUUUAAACAAAAAUGGUUUCUAGUUUUAAUUCUCCAGAUCUUAAUAGCCCAGCAAAGUAAUCAACAAAGUGGCGAAGAUGAUGGUUUUAUCGCAACUACCGAGCAGGCCGAAGAGGAGUGGCACAUGGAUUUCAUGCCUACUGGAUACCUACCCGACAGCGUGUAUCGUGAGCUGGCCUGGUACGGCAUCCUUCAGAUCCAGCCCUUGCACCACAGCUCCAAGUUCAAAGUCGCAGCGCAACUUAUAUGGCAGCACACACUGGGUCGACCCCAUGUUAUUAUGGAGAACCCUCCACAGUCCACUCAGGGCCCAGGUAAAGUAAGCCGUCAAAUCCUGGCGGAGGAGGCAGCGAAGUGGUCACGAGAGCAGCGCGCGGCACAGGAGGUGCUUAUGGAGAACAUCAAGAGUGGUGGCAACGGGCUCACCAUCCGCACCGUCGUCAGCGCGACACACAGAACCAUCUAUAUUAUACAAAAUGGUAAUUAUUAUGAAUGUCCACUUGGUUCGGAGCCUGAUCAGGACGCAUACCGAACGCAAGCGAAUAUGCAUGAUCGAAAAUGCACUUAUGGGAAGGAGGCCGUAAAGAUAGAUGUUGACCCUUGUAUCGAAGCUGAAGUGGCUCCAAUUGAAUACUCUUUUAAUGAAGGUUGGAUGUUCUGUCUCGGCAGUGGAGAGAGAGAUAACAACUACUUCAAGAAUGGGACGCUAGAUUGCGGAAAUAAAACUAAGAUAUCGAUGGACGACUUCCUGAAAUUAUGCGCGAUCGAUAACAAUGUAGUUAUCAGUUUCGACUACUUCGGCGACGAGCCUCGGAAAGAUCUUAUACGCAACGCAACAUUCUGCAACACUUGGGACCCCUGCAAGAUUUCAUAUUUAUACCGACUUGAGGCUCCCCCAGAUGAGUUGACCCCGCAAUACCCCACGACUACUGAGAACCCAUGCGAGACUACUCCAUGUGACUUCUGUAUGGAGGGCUACACAGAAGAUAAGGGACAUGAGAUUUCACUUGAUGAUGCAGAGGACAAGAAAAAGAAGAAAUAAAGCGGACAUAGAAGUGUAUUGUUUCUUGAAUUAAAUUUACAUUAUUCAUUA